CCGGUGUCUCGGUGUCUGCAGGUCCCAAGCCUGUACGUCUCCGUUUCUAUCUGUUCUUGUGAAAUUGUCCGCAAGUUUCUAGGUCACCAGGUCUCGGGUUCUGCUCCUGUCUCCGUGUCUGUGUGCCUCUGCACGUCCCCGCGUUUCUGGAAAUCUCCGCGUGUAUGUGUGAGUCGGCCGGAGUCUGUGUGUCUGUUUCCUGCUUCUCGGUUCCUGUCCCUUUCACGUGUGUAAGAGAGAAAAAGUGAGAGCCAGCAUGUCAGAGCAGAAAGGGCCCUGGGCGAUCACUGUGCGGAACCUCUCAGUGUACAGAUAGGGAGACAGGGCCGGAGAGGGGCAGGGACUCUCCCAGGAGCGGCUGCGCGGAGCUGGGGCCCAGAGACUGGGAUUCCCAGCGUGUGGAGUAGGAUUUGUAAGAGAGAGUGAGCCUGUGCUAGAGCCGGCGCAGCGUGUGGGUGUGUGUGGGAGCCAGCAGCAUGCAAGCAGUCCCUCGGGGCCUGUGGACGGCGCUCCUCUCUUUCCAUCCUGCCCCCAGGACACCAGGACACUCCCCAGAGGCUGUCAGGGCUGUAGCUGGGCCCUGCCCCCUCUGAGCUGGAAUCCGCAGGAUGACACCCCCUCCUUUCUUCCCCAUGUCUUGGAAAAAGCUGGCUGGUUGUGAUUCCCCAGCCCCGCACCCCCUCACCACAACACACACACACACACACACACAUACACGGCACCAGUGAGCACGCUGCUGACUCAUUUUCUCCAGAAGACCCUGCACCAGGGUAGAUGCCAGCAGUUGGGCAGAAAAGUGGUGCCAGGUGAGCACCCCAUGGUGGAGCUCCAGCUUUGGGCAAGUGGGCCGCCACACUGCUUAGAGGCCCAGUCUCUGCCUUCUCCUGCCUCCCUGCCUCCCUUGCCAUCAUGUCAUCCUCCAUCAUGUGCGCUCUGGCUCCAGCAUGCCUCUGCUUUCCAUCAUGCCUCUGCCCCUGGACGCUUCUGGCCGGACCAAACUCCAUGUCAUGUCUAUGGACACAUCCCUGGCCUCUGAUUCUUUCUGUUUCCUCCUGGUACUCAGAAAAUUCUCCGUCUCCUGUGCCUCCACCGGCCCUGUGGACCCCCAGCAGCCAGCAGCCUCCUGGUGGUCUCUGUCCCUUUCUGAGCACACUGCCCCUGUUCUUUGUUGGUAUUUUCUCUCCUCCGUCUCUGUCCAGGGACCCUCUUGACACCCACCUGUCUGGCUUGGCUAUGCAGAGUACCAUAUCCACUGGUGCUAGGGGACAGCAGUGAGACACGGAAUCAUGUUCGUGGGAGGCAAGUGGCACCACAGGAAGGCCACGAGGCUUGCCGUCAGGCAGGCUCAAGUUUGAAUCCUAACUCUGCUACGCGAGCUUGGGUGAGCCACUCUGCUGCUUGUUCUUCUCUUCCACAAAACUGGCACCUUGUUCCCAGCUGGCUAGGUUUUGUGAAGAUGAACAGGACCAGGCUUGUAAAGGACUUAGAACAGGGCCUGGCAUGUAAUAAGUGUUCAAUAAACAGCAGCUGGUAUUUGUAUUAUUCCCUUCAUGUUGAAUGGGUGUGUGAGUCAAUGGGAAAGUUCUGGGCUGCAUCCUGUCCAGACGAUGACCUGUCUCUGUUCCCAUGGAGGAUGUGGAAGCUGUGAAUAGCCAUUUGGGCACAGGGGGUCUGGCCAGUCCAUGGAGGCAGGUGGGACAGGUCCAUCCGACUUGCUGCGCUGUAGUUCCAGUUAGCUCCCUUUUCAGUUUUUACCCCAUGUGUGAACAGCCAAGCCUAGUGUCCAUAGGGCCACUUUCCCUGUGCAUUUCUGUGGCCUGGGUCUCAGCUCAGAGCCCUCAGUGACAGUUGAAGCUGGUAUGGGUUUCCAAGAUCCUGUGGGUUUCCAGGUAAUAAGGAUGGAAGAAAACUAUCCAAGCAGACUGCCGGUUCUGGCAGUGUAGUUACCCAGGAGUAGUCCCAUUUGGUGCACUGGCAGAGGGCCUUUUGCAGGGCAUAGGAACACCUGGGUUUCCUGCUUGGAGGGCUGUGCGGCCAGACGAUGUUUCCGUGCGAUGUUUCCUCGCAGCUCCCAUUUCGGCUGCCUCCUGGCCACCCUGGCCUCUGUGCUCUGGUCUUCUUGACAUUCUGGAGCCCUGGGUUCGCAAAGCCAAGGCCCACAAGGCAAGUGGUGAAAACAGAAGUCUGGAAGAGCAAAGCCCUGAGGCAGCACAGGCACUAAACAUGAUUAGCAGUAGCCUAAACAGGAUUGGAACGGGAGCAAAAGAAUCGGCAGGGCCUCCCUCUGAGUGCCAAGUUUCCAGGCCUGGAGCUGACUUAGAUGACUCGUUGGCUCCCUGGGUUGCAUCUCUGUUCCUGCUGGUGAAGGCUGGGACUCCGGUCUCUGGCAAGUAGGAAGUCCCUGCAAGUCUUCAAUUUCUGCUCCAUGGAGACAAGUCAAAUGAAAAGGACUAUCUGUUAAGUCAUAGACUUGAAGCACUGUGUGACUUUGGGCAAAUAACUUUCCCUCUCUGGGCCUCAGUUACCCAUCUUUGCAAGGAAGGGAGAGAGAGGACUAGAAUGUGACCCCUAGAUGAUCUUAAAUGGCCUUCUCCAACUCCGACAUGCUGUAUACUUGGCAAGUUUAUGAGUCAAGUGCACAGAAUCCAUUUCCAAGAGGGUCAGUUGCAUUUGUCAGGGAGAAUGAAUGGAGGCUGAAUACUUUUGUAAUAGGCCUUCAGGGCUAACGUCCUCCAGUUGGAAGCCAUGGUGUGAGGAAGCUUAAUUGAAGAGAAGAUUCUGAUUCUAUGUCUCCUGUGAGACUUCUUUCUCCUGACUUGCAGGGAUUACAAGGAUAUAUCCUCUAAUUCUCUGCAGAGUAGUCACUUUGGUAUAGCUGUAGCCAGGGAAAUCGACCGAGAAGGACAUGUAUGGUUUUUGUACCUUCUCUUCCGCACCUUGCCUUUCUUUAUCAGUUUGGGAAACUUCCUAAGUUCCUAGGAAGUUUGGUAUGUGACAUAAUCCGAUGAAGGACUCAAGGAGUGAGGGCAGGUGCCAGACAAGGGCCAGGAAGAGAGGGGACUGGAAGGAGAUGGAACAGAAAUUAGUGGGGUUACAGGAACACAGGAAGGCAAGGGGUAGUCUCUUCUGAGAAGGCAUUCACAGAAAAAAUGAGUUCUCAGUUUGGGAACUGCUGAAUGACAGAAAGUACAGGCAACUUGUUGAUCGCAGGAUUUCUCAGAGCCUUUGAUAUACAGGUGUGCUUUCCGGAUUGUCAAGACUGGGAUGCAGGGGACAGCUCUUCCCUAAUGUAUCUGGCCAAUUUCCUAGAAAGCGUGUCUCUGGUGGGUGUGGGAAAUACUACUGAAGAGUUAUGAACCCAGACGCUGCCCAGGAUGGAAGUACCUGCCUUCCCUGAGCCUCAGGAUUCUCCAUUUGUCUAAUUAAACAAAGCUGCCUUUUAUUUCUCUCCAGGGCUCAUGCUAUUGCCAUUUGCUUCAAGGGAGCAAGUCAUGCCAGAAAGGUUGGCCCUGCCCUUCUCCCCAGGCAACCCCAGGGCAGCUUGACACUUUGACCUUUAGUCGUUGCCCAUGGUGAGCUGGGGGCCUGGCCCCAUGAAAAAGGCAUUCUCCCAACAGUGGCAGCAGAUUGGAGAGGAUGAAGAGGAAGGACCAAGGAUUAUCUCGGAGCAAUUCUGGAAAAAGUCAGAGCAGGGGAAUUAAGGCUUUGGGAAGACACUUUUUAAAGUCCAGAGUCCUAUAAUACCAGGGGGUUUCUCUUCUCCUGGAUCUUAGUCUCGUUUGCCUGUCACCUGGCCUCCACCCAAGGAGCUCCUGAAGAUGUGGACGUCCUCCAGCGGCUGGGCCUCAGCUGGACGAAGGCCGGGAGCCCUGCACCCCCGGGAGUCAUUCCUUUCCAGUCUGGCUUCAUCUUUACGCAGCGGGCCCGGCUCCAGGCUCCCACGGGCUCCGUCAUUCCUGCCUCCCUGGGCACAGAGCUGGCGCUGGUGCUGAGCCUCUGCUCCCACCGGGUGAACCAUGCCUUCCUCUUCGCUGUCCGCAGCCGGAAACACAAGCUGCAGCUGGGCCUGCAGUUCCUCCCCGGCAAGACGGUCGUCCACCUGGGGUCCCGGCGUUCGGUGGCCUUCGACCUCGACAUGCACGACGGGCGCUGGCACCACCUGGCCCUCGAGCUCCGAGGCCGCACAGUCACUCUGGUGACCGCCUGCGGGCAGCGCCGGGUGCCUGUCCUGCUGCCUUUCCACAGGGACCCUGCACUCGACCCCGGGGGCUCCUUCCUCUUUGGAAAGAUGAACCCGCAUGCAGUCCAGUUUGAAGGUGCUCUGUGCCAGUUCAGUAUCUACCCCGUGACGCAGGUCGCUCACAAUUACUGUACCCACCUGAGGAAGCAGUGUGGACAGGCUGACACGUACCAGUCCCCACUGGGACCUCUCUUCUCCCAAGACUCUGGCAGACCUUUCACCUUCCAGUCUGACCUCGCCCUGCUAGGCCUGGAGAACUUGACCACUGCCACACCAGCCCUGGGGUCACAGCCAGCAGGCAGGGGACCCAAGGGCACUGUGGUGCCCGCCACUCCCACCAAGCCCCAAAGGACUAGCCCCACAAACCCUCACCAACAUAUCACGGUGCGAGGCCCAGCCCAAACCCCACUGCUACCUGCCAAGCUGUCAGCCAGUAACACACUUGAUCCCGUGCUCCCAGCCUCUCUUGGCGGCUCCACCAGAAUGCCUCGCCCUGCAGCCGCUCAACCAUCACAGAAGAUCACAGCCACCAAAAUCCCCAAAAGCCUCCCUACCAAGCCUUCAGCCCCUUCUACUUCAAUUGUCCCCGUCAAAAGCCCCCAUCCUACCCAGAAAACAGCUGCACCUUCAUUUACAAAGUCAGCCCCACCCACUCAGAAGCAAGUACCACCUACUUCCCGUCCAGUUCCUGCCAAAGUAUCCCGUCCCGCAGAGAAGCCCAUCCAGAGGAACCAAGGAAUGCCCAGGCCCCCACUGCCCAGCACCCAGCCCCUACCUCCUACCACCAGCUCCUCUAAAAAACCCAUUCCCACACUAGCUCAGACUGAGGCCAAGAUGACUAACCAUGCCAGUAAGCCGGCCUCUGCCCGCACCAGCACCCACAAACCUCCUCCAUUUACUGCUUUAUCCUCAUCUCCUGCCCCUACUCCUGGUUCUACCAGGACGACUCGGCCACCAGCCACAAUGGUGCCUCCAACCUCGGGCACCAGCGCUCCCAGAACAGCACCUGCCAUCCCCACUCCUGGCUCAGCUCCCACUGGAAACAAGAAGCCCACUGGAUCGGAAGCCUCAAAGAAAGCCGGACCUGAGAGCAGCCCCCGGAAGCCCGUCCCCCUCAGACCUGGGAAGGCAGCCAGGGAUGUCCCCUUGAGCGAUCUGACAACCAGGCCUAGCCCCAGACAGUCCCAGCCCAGUCAGCAGACCACCUCAGCCCUGGUAUUGGCCCCGGCACAAUUCCUGUCCUCCAGCCCCCGGCCCACGAGCAGUGGCUAUUCGUUCUUCCACCUGGCAGGAUCUACGCCUUUCCCUCUGCUGAUGGGGCCUCCGGGGCCCAAGGGAGACUGUGGUUUGCCGGGUCCCCCUGGGCUGCCUGGGCUACCUGGAAUCCCUGGUGCACGUGGGCCUCGGGGUCCCCCUGGACCUUAUGGAAAUCCAGGUCUCCCCGGCCCUCCUGGAGCCAAAGGACAGAAAGGGGACCCAGGGCUCUCACCAGGAAAGGCCCACGAUGGGGCAAAGGGUGACAUGGGCUUGCCUGGGCUGUCCGGGAAUCCAGGACCUCCGGGACGAAAGGGACACAAGGGCUAUCCUGGACCGGCAGGGCACCCCGGAGAACAGGGGCAGCCAGGACCUGAGGGCAGCCCAGGGGCCAAAGGUUACCCUGGCAGGCAGGGGUUACCUGGACCGGUAGGAGAUCCCGGCCCCAAAGGCAGCAGGGGCUACAUUGGGCUCCCAGGGCUCUUCGGCCUGCCAGGGUCUGAUGGAGAGCGAGGCCUGCCUGGUGUUCCUGGCAAGAGGGGCAAGAUGGGUAUGCCGGGGUUUCCUGGAGUCUUUGGGGAAAGAGGCCCUCCCGGACUGGAUGGAAACCCUGGAGAACUGGGCCUGCCAGGCCCCCCCGGAGUCCCCGGCCUCAUUGGUGACUUGGGAGUGUUGGGUCCGAUUGGCUACCCAGGACCCAAGGGCAUGAAGGGACUGAUGGGCAGCGUGGGGGAGCCCGGACUGAAAGGUGAUAAGGGUGAACAAGGGGUUCCAGGUGUGUCGGGAGAUCCCGGAUUCCAAGGAGACAAGGGGAGCCAGGGGUUGCCAGGGUUCCCCGGUGCACGGGGGAAGCCAGGGCCUCUGGGCAAAGUUGGAGACAAAGGAUCCAUUGGGUUUCCCGGGCCCCCUGGACCCGAGGGAUUCCCAGGAGACAUCGGCCCCCCUGGCGACAACGGCCCAGAAGGCAUGAAGGGUAAGCCUGGAGCCCGAGGCCUGCCGGGACCCCGUGGGCAGCUGGGGCCCGAGGGAGAUGAGGGACCCAUGGGGCCACCAGGGGCCCCUGGCUUGGAGGGUCAGCCUGGCAGGAAGGGCUUUCCUGGGAGGCCCGGCCUGGAUGGCGUGAAGGGGGAACCAGGGGAUCCUGGUCGGCCAGGGCCUGUGGGAGAACAGGGAUUUAUGGGAUUCAUUGGUCUGGUCGGGGAGCCAGGAAUCGUGGGAGAAAAGGGUGAUCGUGGCAUGAUGGGACCCCCAGGCGUGCCUGGACCCAAGGGGUCGAUGGGUCAUCCUGGAAUGCCAGGUGGUAUGGGGACCCCUGGAGAACCUGGACCCCAGGGUCCUCCAGGAUCUCGAGGCCCACCAGGCAUGAGGGGAGCAAAGGGACGUCGGGGCCCCCGAGGACCGGACGGACCAGCUGGGGAGCAAGGGUCCAGGGGCCUGAAGGGCCCUCCAGGACCCCAGGGCAGACCGGGCCGGCCUGGACAGCAGGGUGUGGCUGGUGAGCGAGGCCACUUGGGCUCGCGAGGCUUUCCCGGCAUCCCGGGUCCCUCAGGCCCCCCAGGCACCAAGGGCCUCCCAGGAGAACCGGGCCCUCAGGGACCCCAGGGGCCAGUUGGGCCUCCAGGAGAGAUGGGACCCAAGGGGCCGCCGGGUGCAGCGGGAGAACCGGGCCUUCCUGGGGAAGCCGGGAUGAAGGGUGACCUUGGACCCCUGGGCACCCCUGGGGAGCAGGGCCUCAUUGGGCAACGGGGAGAACCAGGCCUCGAGGGUGACAGUGGCCCCAUGGGACCUGAUGGGCUGAAGGGGGACAGGGGAGACCCAGGGCCUGAUGGAGAACAUGGCGAGAAAGGCCAGGAAGGGCUGAUGGGUGAGGACGGGCCCCCCGGCCCCCCUGGUGUCACUGGUGUCCGGGGUCCUGAAGGAAAAUCAGGGAAGCAAGGCGAGAAGGGCCGCACUGGAGCCAAGGGCGCCAAGGGCUACCAAGGACAGCUGGGUGAGAUGGGUGUCCCUGGAGACCCCGGACCCCCUGGCACUCCAGGCCCUAAAGGGUCCCGGGGCAGCCUGGGACCAACGGGUGCUCCUGGACGCAUGGGGGCCCAAGGAGAACCGGGACUGGCUGGUUAUGAUGGACACAAAGGCAUUGUGGGACCCCUCGGACCUCCUGGACCAAAAGGCGAAAAGGGGGAGCAGGGCGAGGACGGCAAGGCCGAGGGUCCCCCUGGACCGCCUGGAGAUCGGGGUCCUGUGGGUGAUCGAGGAGACCGCGGGGAACCGGGGGACCCUGGGUACCCUGGACAGGAGGGUGUGCCAGGCCUCCGUGGAAAGCCAGGCCAGCAGGGCCAACCCGGGCAUCUGGGACCCCGGGGGCGGCCGGGACCCAAAGGAUCAAAAGGCGCAGAGGGACCAAAGGGAAAGCAAGGCAAGGCGGGGGCCCCAGGCCGGAGGGGGGUCCAGGGCCUGCAGGGGCUGCCAGGGCCCCGGGGCGUGGUGGGGAGACAGGGCCUCGAGGGCAUCGCUGGACCAGAUGGGCUUCCUGGCAGGGACGGGCAAGUGGGACAGCAGGGGGAGCAGGGAGACGAUGGGGACCCUGGCCCCAUGGGCCCUGCUGGGAAGAGAGGAAAUCCAGGUGUGGCCGGCUUACCUGGAGCACAGGGACCCCCAGGAUUCAAGGGUGAGAGUGGGUUACCCGGACAGCUGGGUCCCCCUGGCAAACGAGGGACAGAGGGCAGAACGGGGCUCCCUGGAAACCAGGGGGAGCCUGGGUCCAAAGGCCAGCCGGGCGACUCUGGCGAGAUGGGCUUCCCAGGAAUGGCAGGUCUCUUCGGACCUAAGGGCCCCCCUGGAGACAUCGGUUUCAAAGGCAUCCAGGGUCCUCGGGGGCCACCUGGUUUGAUGGGAAAGGAAGGCAUCAUCGGGCCGCUCGGAAUCCUGGGACCUUCGGGACUCCCGGGUCCGAAGGGUGACAAAGGCAGCCGUGGGGACUGGGGAUUGCAAGGUCCGAGGGGUCCUCCCGGCCCCAGAGGGCGGCCCGGCCCCCCGGGUCCUCCAGGGGGUCCUAUCCAAUUGCAACAAGAUGAUCUUGGGGUAGCUUUCCAGACGUGGAUGGACACCAGUGGAGCACUCAGACCAGAGGGUUACAGCUAUCCGGAUCGGCUGGUGCUUGACCAGGGAGGAGAGAUCUUUAAAACCUUACACUACCUCAGCAACCUCAUCCAGAGCAUUAAGACGCCCCUGGGCACCAAAGAGAACCCCGCCCGGGUCUGCAGGGACCUCAUGGACUGUGAGCAGAAGAUGGUGGAUGGUACCUACUGGGUGGAUCCAAACCUUGGCUGCUCAUCCGACACCAUUGAAGUCUCCUGCAACUUCACGCAUGGUGGACAGACGUGUCUCAAACCCAUCACGGCCUCCAAGGUCGAGUUUGCCAUCAGCCGGGUCCAGAUGAAUUUCCUGCACCUGCUAAGCUCUGAGGUGACCCAGCAUAUCACCAUCCACUGCCUUAACAUGACUGUGUGGCAGGAGGGCACUGGGCAGACCCCAGCCAAGCAGGCCGUGCGCUUCCGGGCCUGGAACGGACAGAUUUUUGAAGCUGGGGGUCAGUUCCGGCCCGAGGUGUCCAUGGAUGGCUGCAAGGUCCAAGAUGGCCGCUGGCAUCAGACACUCUUCACCUUCCGGACCCAAGACCCCCAACAGCUGCCCAUCGUCAGUGUGGACAACCUCCCUCCUGCCUCAUCAGGGAAGCAGUACCGCCUGGAAGUUGGACCUGCGUGCUUCCUCUGACCUCUGACCUCUUGGCCCCUCUAGGCCUCAUGGAGGAGGGAAGAGGAAGAGGCAAGGGGAGGGUACUGAGGGGCAGAUAGCUCCAGGAGAGGCAGCUCCCCUGCCCAAGGGUCCUUGGGCAGACCCCAGCUGUUGUCUGCCCGGUAGAAGUGGGUGGGGGUAGGAGGGGAUAGGGUAUCUUUGGGAACAAUGGAUCCCAGCUUAGCCCCAAAGACCAACCAAAGAGCCAGCCAGAGCAAGCUGGACCUGCAACCCGCCUGAGCCCCAUGGCCUCUCAGCUCUGCGGCCACCCCCUUCCCUCCCCAGCUUCCUGCCCAAAGAGCCCCACAUUCAAGCCAACUUGAGGGAAGGGGGCAUCUCGUCAGCUGGUCCCUGCUAGGGAGCUAUUGAUGUGCAAUAUUAGACAGGAGACAUGAAAAAAGGAGAAAAGGAAAGACAGAAGUAUAUAUAUAUAUUAUUUAAACAAACAAAAAGAAGGCGCGUUACUAUUUUUUUUCACCCGGGAAAGAGGUGAGAGGAUGGGAAGGAGCAGCCAGGUGUGGGAAGCGGCGAGAUCCUCGGGCUGGGGGUGCCCAUGUUUGCUACCUCCCACUGUGAAAUCGCUGGUGCUCGCAAUCGUCUCUCAUAGUGUAUGUGAUUUUUUUUAAGAAAAAAAAAGAAACAACCCUAUUUAAGAUUCUGAAGGUGCUACCAUUAUUUUGCCACAGACUUUGGAGAAACUUUUGGGUGGAGCGUAUCAUCCGCAUCUUUCUCUCUCCUCCAAAUGACAAAGUUUGGGGAAUUUUUCAAUUUUCUUAGCAUCGCCCUUGUGCUCAUCAGGUAAUCUGCUAAGGAGGAAAAAAGAAAAGAAAAAAGGAAAAAAAAAAAAAGCAAAACAAAACAAAACAAAAAAACCCUACCAGAAACCAGAAGUAGAGAGAUUCACCUUAUAACUUAUGGACUUUGAAAUGUCUGCCCUUUUAAGGCAGCAGGGAGGCCUGGGUGUGAAGCAUGUUGGCUUGGCCCUUCACGGUCCUGGAGGGAGGUGAGGCUGGCCUUGGAAAGUGUGCCCUGGAGAGGUCUUGGGUGAAGACUUGACCUUGAAGAAACCAAUCACAAAAGCGGCGUUGGGUCAGGGCUAGCCUUGGAGGUGAAGCAUCAACAUGGAACCAUCUCAGGAAGCCGCAUCAACUCUUCCAAGGCCCUCACUUCCAGGAGCCUGUCCUUGCAAGAUGCAAUCAUCGUUCCUGCUUUUUCGUUGUCAUUAAAUUCUGUAGAAACCCAUUGUCAUUAGCUCCAAGUGUAAAUUUGGGUCAAGGAGACAGAAUAAUAAUGGGAAUCUCAGAGUUCGACACCAUAGUGACAUUCAGCGUCCUCUGAAUUGUGCUACAUCAGCCAACAAGUCGGCGCUUGAAUUGGAUUUUGAGGUUAUUUUAACCUUGGAAUUGAGGUUAUUUAACCAUGGAAUUAUUUUUAUAGAAGGGGAAAAUGUAUGUGAAAGGCUCUGUUUGUGUAUUUCUCUCCUAAAGUUGUGUCUCUUUGGGAAUUGGAUUUGAUCUUUAUUAUUUAAUACCUCACUCUGGCCCGUCCCCUCUCCCGUCCCCCCUUCUGUAUCCUCGCCCCCCGCCCCAGCCUGGACACUCUGCGUGGAAGUGCAUGUUUCUAGCAGCUCGGGCCUCAUCUCAGUGCUCGGAUCCCUCCUGCCGCCAGAAUCCAGUGGCCUCUGUUUCAUUCUUGGGUUUUCCUGCUGUCCUCGUUUACGUCUGUCCACAUGUCAGUGUAUUAAAACCCCAAUGGGUUCCGUUUCUCCUUUUCCCCUCUGGAUUUUAAAUAAAUAUUUAAAACUGAGGCAAUGGAAUGACA